AUGAAUAAUAAGGAAAAUACAGUUAAUGUUGAUGAAUGUGAAUUGAGUUUCCAGGAUACUGAAGAUGCUGAACAGAUGACUUGUACAGAGAUCGUACAAGAAAUGGUUAAAAUAUGGCAUAAUCAAUAUUUAGCACCGGAUCUUUUAAUUCAUCGUUUUGAAAUUGUCGAUGCUAUGCUUGAAGUUGCAAAUCAAGAAAAAGAAAAAAUUGAUGAAAUUUAUUUAUUAUACGAAAAAAAACCAAAACCUGUUCAGUUUGCUUUUAGAAAAAUGGAAAUACUAAGAAUUCAAUAUAUGGUUAAAUCAUACAUUAACAAAAGACUCAGACUUAUUGAAGAAAAUCCUUUACAUUAUUUAAAUAUAGAUACAAAAUUAAGGACUGAAGGAAGAGAAGAAUUAAUGGAUUAUAGAGAACGUAAUCAUUGCAAAAAAUUUGUUGAAUUAUAUGAUAAUCAUUUACAUGAAGAGGUUCUUUCAAAAUUAGAGGGUUUUUUUUCGUCAAAACCUAUUGCUUCUAAAGAACAAUCAUGUGCUAGAGUUAUUGCUAAAGUGGUAGAUGAUUCUGUUAAACAUUUUGAAAUUCCUGAUUAUAGUUCACCUGGUGCUAGUUUAUUUUAUGAUGUUGAAUUGGAGAGCAUUCAUGCAAUUCCUUGGAGUGUAGUUUCUGAUUUUGUUAACUCGGGUAAAGUUGAUCUUAUGUAG